GGUUUUCUGUCCUACAAGUUAGAAAUGGUUUUGAACAUUAUCAAAAUAACAAUAUUCAUCCUUCUAACUGGACUUGGCACAGUGGGAAAUAUGUUUGUUUUUGUAAAUUAUAUGAGUAUGUUCAUUAUGGAACCUAGGAAGAAAUCUAUACAUCUUAUUCUCAUUCACUUAGCUUUUACAAAUAUCAUCAUGCUUCUCUCCAAGGGAGUACUAAAGACAAUGGCAGUAUUCAGCUCAGGAAACUUCCUCAGUGACACAAGCUGUAAGAUUGGUUCAUACCUGGAGAGGGUGGCCCGGGGCCUGUCCAUCUGCACCAUCGCUCUCCUCACAGGGGUGCAGGCCAUCACCAUCAGUCCGGGGCAUUCCAGGUGGAGGAAGCUCAAACUAAAGGAUCCAUGGCACAUUCUACCCUUGUUUUUCUUCUUCUGGAUUCUCAACCCUUUGAUAAGCAUGAACCUGAUCCGUUCUGUCCUGAGCAAGAACACAUCACAAACUAGUAAAAGUGACCCGAAUUGUUAUUUUAUGCUAAAACUUCAGGGAAAAAACUGGAUUUUUCUAAUUCUCAUGGGUCUGAGAGAUACUGUGUUUCUGGGUGUCAUGGGUGGGGCCAGUGGCUACAUGGUGUUUCUUCUCCACACACACCACCAGCGGGUUCUCUACCUGCAGAACAACAAGGUCUACAAAAUUCCCCCUGAGCUCAAAGCCGUGCAGAGUGUUCUCCUUCUGAUGCUGAGUUUUCAUUUCUUUUAUUGGACAGAUUGUGCUAUUUCUUUAUAUAUAAUUGCCUCCUCAGAGAAAGAUUUCUUAGCAGUAAAUGUUCACGAAUUUCUGGGCCCUGCUUAUGCGAUUGUCAGUCCAUUUGUGCUGAUUCACAGAGGGACACCUGGCUGA